AGCUAGAAUUGACGUUCAAUUCUCUCUCAUUGUCGCGUAACGAACAUACAAACGCAAAAUUAGAACGCUCAACUUUCACCAUAAAGGGUCAAACACAAAAUUAGAGAAGAUUUGAGGGGCUAACAUCGAAAAAUUCUUCUUUGGGAGGGGUGGGUAGCUAAAAGCCCAUGGAUCGGUUCCGAGUCCAACCUGCCGACCCCAUUCGCCCGCCUACCCCCACCCGCUCUGGGGCCCCACCGGUCAUCAUCUUCGUUCUCGCCUCCUGCCCCCUCGCCCAACGCCUCCAAAAGGCCAGUUUUGCGGUAAAAUACACCGCGGGUCCAAUCUAAUAAUUAUCCCACCAUCUCUUUCGAAUCUCAUCCUCUCUCAUAUACACAGAAAUCGAGCGCGUUGCAGAUCUCGAUAACCACAGACUUCCCCUACCCACUGUUCUCUGCUCUCUUCUAAAAUCUUGCUCGAAACCAAUGGGAGCUCUUGAGGACAUCAGAUUCGUGGAGGAGAUGGCCCUCGAGCUCUCCGCUGACUGCGGAUCCGAUUCCGGGGCGGGUUCCGGAUCCGAACCCGAACCCGAAUCCAAUAAGGAGAUCGAGGAGGCAGUCAAGGUCUUGCUUCAGGGAUUGGGGGAGGAUCACGAGAGAGAGGGGAUCAAGAGGACGCCGUUUCGCGUUGCCAAGGCCUUCAGAGAUGGAACCAAAGGUUAUGGUCAGAAAGUGAAAGACAUUGUAGAAGGUGCAUUAUUCCCUGAAGCAGGUUUAGAAAACACUGCUGGCUAUGCCGGAGGAACUGGCGGGUUAGUGGUCGUUCGAGACAUCAAUCUCUUCUCCUUCUGCGAAUCCUGCUUGCUGCCCUUCAGCAUCCAAUGCCACAUCGGUUACAUUCCAGCGGGACAUCGAGUUGUGGGACUAAGCAAACUCUCAAGAGUAGCCGAUGUCUUUGCUAAGAGACUCCAAGAUCCACAAAGACUGGCUAACGAAAUUUGCUCAGCUCUACAAACCAGCAUAAAACCUGCUGGUGUUUCUGUUGUCCUUCAGUGUUGGCACAUUCAAUUCCCCGAAACACAAAAGAACAAUCUUGAUCCAAAGCACCCUUCUGAGUUUGAAAUGCAAGGUUGGGUUCAAUCUUCGGUGUGUUCAAGCUCCGGUGUUCUUGAAAAUGAAGGCAAUUCCUUUCGGGAUGAUUUCUUAUCUCUCCUCAAAUUUAGAGGUAUAAAUGUUGAUUCAGGUUCUUCUCUUGAGUACUGGUGUCCAUCGAGGUCCUUGAAAAUGUCCAAGUCAGGUGUUACCCAAUCUGCUAUGAUUUCGGCAGUUGCCUCUAUUCUUCAAUCUCUUGGUGAAGAUCCGAUGAGGCAAGAGCUCUUGGGUACCCCCUACCGUUAUGUGCAUUGGCUAAUGAAUUUUAAGAAGUCAAUAUUGGAGCCUAAAUUGAAUGGUUUGAGUCUUCGUAGUAUUAAUUCACCUAAGAGGAUAGGUGGGAUUCAUUCAGAGUUAAACUUGCCCUUUUGUUCUCAAUGUGAGCAUCAUCUCCUUCCAUUUUAUGGUGUGGUGCAUGUUGGUUACUAUUGUGAGAAAGAGGAGGAAGUGAUUGAGAGAUCUUAUAUACAUUCUAUUGUUCAUUUCUAUGGAUGCAAGCUUCAAGUUCAAGAGAGACUCACGAAGCAAAUUGCUGAAACUAUAUAUUCUGUUGUUGGUAGAGGAGUGAUUGUAGUUGUGGAAGCUAAUCAUAUCUGUAUGAUUUCGAGAGGGAUCGAGAAGAUUGGGAGUAGUACAGCGACAAUUGCUGUUAUGGGAGAGUUUGCAAGUGACCGUGGAUCAAAGGCUUUAUUUCUUGAUAAUAUCUCAAAGAGUACUGCUUCAUGGGGGUGAAGUCUUCAUUCCUUUGUAUUUUCUUCAAUUUUUGAUGCACUCAUUAUUCAUAAUCCCUUUAUGCCCCUUAGUUUAAGGGUAAAGAUGUCGACCUCUCAUCACUUGAGUGGAAUUUUGUAUUUUUCCUGGGAUUCACUUACUGGUUUAACAAUCCAUGAAGGAGAAUCAUGAAGAUGUUUCAUUCGCUACUGUGGUCCCUGCACAUACGGAAUCCUACAAUCCAAACAGGUGUAAGCUUUUAUAAAUUUGAUCGACAUAAUUUUUUGUUAUUCCUCAUUGUACAAGCAUAUCUUAUAAUUUUGCUAGUGAUAAAAAUGUAUUUUCAUAUUCUAUA